ACCAGAAGAAAUACCUGAUGCAAUAAAUAAUAGGAUACAUAUUUGGCUUUUUUAAUCCUUUGUUUUUCUGGCACAAAGUCAGCCAUGUGGUUCUGUUCAGCCGUCGGCGAUCAUUUGUACAAAAGGAGAUAUUAUUUAUUAAGCUUUCUCUUAGUGUUGGUCCUGGUUUGGAUAGCCACCUUCUCUGGUGAAGCUUUGAAAAUCAUUCCGGUUUUCUCUGCCACAAUGCAAACAAGAAAAGACAAUCUGAUGGAUCAACCUGACAACGGGGCUUCAACACCUGAUCAGCUUUACAUUCCAACACAAAAAGGCGAAUGCCCAGUGGAGUCUCCAUUGCUGCAGGGACUCGUGAAACCGCAUUUUGAGUCUUCUCUGACAAUGAAGAAUGUAGAGAAUGAGACUAAAGGAGUGUCUGAGGGAGGGUAUGAGCCCUCGGGCCGUACAGCGCGGCAGAGCGUAGCUAUCAUCAUCCCACAUCGCAGGCGAGAAACCCACCUCAUCUACUUGCUGUAUCACCUGCACCCAUUUCUACAGAGACAGCAACUACACUAUGCCCUUUAUGUCGUCCACCAGGCUGGCGAUGCAACUUUUAAUCGAGCCAAGCUCAUGAAUGUAGGGUAUUUGGAGGCGCUGAAGGACCACAGUUGGGACUGCUACAUCUUCCAUGAUGUGGACCUGAUUCCUGAAAAUGACAAGAAUGUAUAUAUCUGCGACGACAAUCGGCCCAAACACCUGAUAUUUGGCAGGAAUAGCACAGGAUACAAGAUGCUUAACAAAAUCGCCUUUGGUGGAGUUACCGCUUUUACCAAGGAACAGUUUGAACAAAUUAAUGGUUUUUCAAACCUUUACUGGGGUUGGGGUGGGGAAGAUGAUGACCUUUACAAUAGGUGA